AUGCCGUCCAAGAAAAACAGAAAAACCGGUCCCAAAUGUACGCAAGCAGGCCCGGCAAAGAAGGAGUGUGUUGAACAACCUCCGACCGUGCAAGCCGAACCAAAAACAAGUCUUGAACGGCUACGAGAAAAUGACGAUGAGGUAAUCAGACGGGUGCGGGAUAUGAAAAAUUUACUAUUUCCAAAUAUGCCAAAUGCAGAGCCGACAAUAUCAACUGGCUCCAACUCACUGCAGAAUUCUCAAAAAUUAAAUCGAACCCCGAAGCUGUUGAGAGAAGCUGAACCGUGUAUUCAAGAAUUAGCGGAGGCUUUUCGAGACUUAGCUGAUGGGGUAGAGUCGAUGCGCGGGCAAGAGCAAGAUCUCACUGCACAAGAGAAGCCCGGCUCU